UUUGUCAAAGCCGGAUCAGUCCAUUUGGAAAGGUAUGCCGUGUCAGAUGUAUAUUAACGUUCCUCUCCGCUACGACAGGAGGAAAUUAGUAAACAAUUAAACACCGAUAGACAAAACGGGUCCCGGUUUUAUUUCCGUUAAAAGCUCACUCGAAGGACUGCAGCUAAAAGGCGUAUAAAUCCACGGCGCAGAGUGGUACAAUCAAGCCGAGCCUGGGCUGCGAGGGGGUAUAUUCACUUUUUCACGACUGAGGGAAACACAACGCCGGGAAGGGAAAAAACCACUAAAACAAUUGACAGUCUGGCUUAUAUGUUUCCCCAAGUGUCUGCGAAAUGUCUACGAAGGCAGAGCAAUUUGCCUCUAAGAUACGAUACUUGCAAGAGUAUCACAACCGUGUGCAACACAAUAUUUACCCCGUGCCCUCCGGAACAGACAUUGCAAACACACUGAAAUACUUUUCCCAAACCCUGCUCAGCAUUCUGUCCCGCACAGGCAGGAAGGAGAACCAGGAAGCUUCCAAUUUGGCCGUGCCCAUGACCAUGUGUCUUUUUCCUGUGCCAUUCCCACUCACCCCAUCUCUAAGACCACAAGUCAGUUCCAUCAACCCUACAGUUACUCGCUCCCUCCUUUACAGCGUUCUGCGCGAUGCCCCGUCAGACCGCGGGGGGCAGGGGCAGCAGAGUCGGGACGCUCAGCUCUCAGAGUACCCCUCUCUGGACUAUCAGGGCCUCUAUGUGACCCUCGUGACCCUGCUUGACCUGGUGCCCCUGCUGCAGCACGGUCAGCAUGAUCUGGGACAGUCCAUAUUUUACACAACCACAUGCCUCCUGCCCUUUCUCAGUGAUGAUAUUCUCAGCACUUUGCCCUAUACUAUGAUCUCCACUUUAGCCACAUUUCCCCCUUUCCUUCACAAAGACAUCAUAGAGUACCUGAGCACAUCUUUCCUCCCCAUGGCUAUAUUGGGCUCCACUCGGAGAGAGGGGGGAGUCCCAGCCUAUGUCAAUUUGUCUGCCUCUUCUAUGCUCAUGAUUGCAAUGCAGUACACAUCAAAUCCAGUUUAUCACUGUCAGUUACUGGAGUGUCUAAUGAAGCACAAACAAGAAGUGUGGAAGGAUUUGCUUUAUGUCAUAUCUUAUGGUCCAUCCCAAGUAAAACCUCCAGCUGUGCAGAUGCUGUUUCAUUACUGGCCCAACCUGAAGCCACCAGGAGCCAUCAGUGAAUACAGAGGACUGCAGUACACAGCCUGGAAUCCCAUCCACUGUCAACAUAUCGAGUGCCACAAUGCCAUUAAUAAACCUGCUGUCAAGAUGUGUAUAGAUCCAACUCUUUCUGUUGCCCUGGGAGACAAGCCCCCUCCUCUUUACAUAUGCGAGGAGUGCAGCCAGAGGAUAGCAGGAGAUCACGCUGAAUGGCUCGUUGAUGUACUCCUGCCCCAAGCAGAGAUAUCUGCCAUUUGUCAAAAGAAGAACUGUAGCUCUCAUGUAAGAAGGGCUGUGGUCACCUGCUUCUCAGCUGGCUGCUGCGGGCGCCAUGGCAACCGGCCCGUCCGCUACUGCAAGCGUUGCCAUGUCAACCACCACAGCAGCGAGGUGGGGGCUGCGGCGGAGACCCAUCUGUACCAGACCUCGCCCCCUCCCAUCAACACCCGGGAGUGUGGAGCGGAGGAGCUGGUGUGCACGGUGGAAGCUGUUAUAAGCCUUCUGAAGGAGGCGGAAAUUCAUGCAGAACAGCGUGAGUUUGAGCUGAACAGGCGUCGUCAGAUGGGCCUGUCUGCCUCCCACCACUCUCUGGACAACAUCGAGUUUGAUAACAAGGAGGACGACCAGCACGACCAGCGCCUGCUCAGUCAGUUCGGCAUCUGGUUCCUGGUGAGCCUGUGCACCCCUAAUGAGAACACGCCCACAGAGAGUCUGGCUCGGCUGGUCAGCAUGGUCUUCCAGUGGUUUCACUCCACCGCCUACAUGAUGGAUGAUGAAGUUGGAAGCCUGGUGGAGAAGCUGAAGCCCCAGUUUGUCACAAAGUGGCUAAAGACAGUGUGUGAAGUGCGCUUUGACGUCAUGGUCAUGUGUCUGCUGCCCAAACCUGUAGAGUUUGCCAGGGUGGGAGGUUACUGGGACAAAUCAUGUAGCACAGUGACACAGCUGAAGGAGGGCCUGAACCGGAUCCUGUGUCUGAUCCCUUACAAUGUCAUCAGUCAGCCACUGUGGGAGUGUUUUAUGCCCGAGUGGCUCGAGGCCAUUCGUACCGAGGUGCCUGACAACCAGCUCAAAGAGUUCCGAGAAGUGCUCAGUAAGAUGUUUGACAUCGAGCUGUGCCCCCUGCCCUUCUCUAUGGAGGAAAUGUUCGGCUUCAUCAGCUGCAGGUUCUCAGGCUACCCAGCGUCUGUGCAGGAGCAGGCUCUGCUGUGGCUGCAUGUGCUGUCAGAGCUGGACAUUGUGGUGCCUCUUCAGCUGCUGAUCGGGAUGUUCUCAGAUGGAGUGAACUCUCUGAAGGAACUGGCCAAUCAGAGAAAGGCUCGCGCUUCAGAUCUGACGGGCAACACAGGGGCUCGCAGGGUGAGUGUGGUGUCAGAUCCAGGACGUCGUGGGCAACACAACACCCUCAGUCCAUUCCCAAGCCCCUUCAGGAGCCCGUUCCGCAGCCCUUUACGCUGCAGCCCCUUUAAAAACCUGGGUCACGCCACCGGCCACUGCGCCCUGGAUCUGGACUGUGAUGACGACGACAUGAACCUCGGCUGCUUCAUCCUCAUGUUUGAUCUCAUCUUAAAGCAGAUGGAGCUCCAGGAUGACGGUGUGAUGCUGGGUCUAGACAGCAGCCUGGGGAAGGAUAUCGUGGGCAUCAUCAACAACGUCUUUCAGGCCCCGUGGGGGGGCUCGCACACCUGCCAGAAGGAUGAGAAGGCCCUAGAGUGCAGCCUGUGCCAAUCCAGCAUUCUGUGCUACCAGCUGGGCUGUGAGCUCCUGGAGAGGCUGACCCCCCGGGAAGAGAUACGCCUGGUGGAGCCUACAGACACUUUGGAGGAAACUUUGAUCUUACCUCAACCAGAUUUCUCCCUCGGGACGGAGAAUGGAAGUGAAGAAGAAGACAACCCGAGUGGCACGCAAACCGACAACCCCACUGACAACCCUUCUCCUGAUAAUGCAUCCAUGAAGAAUAACUCCGAUAAGAAGUUCUCCUACCAGCAGCUCCCUGUGUCUUUGCAGCUUAUAUACACCAUCCUGCAGGAAAUGUCCAAGUUCGAGGAGCCUGACAUCUUGUUCAACAUGCUCAACUGUCUGAAGAUCCUGUGUCUCCAUGGAGAGUGUUUAUACCUCGCCCGCAAGGAUCACCCCCAGUUCCUGGCCUACAUCCAGGAGAAGAUGCUCAUCCCGAGCCUGUGGUCGAUGUUGAAGUCAGAGUUUUGCCAGCUGGCCUCCCUGGCGGUGCCUCAGCUUCUACAUGCCCUCUCUCUAUCCCAUGGGGCAGACAUCUUCUGGAACCUCAUCAACACAAACUUCAACAGCAAAGACUGGAAAAUACGAUUUGAAGCUGUCGAGAAGGUAGCGGUGCUGUGUCGGUUCCUGGACAUCGGCGCGGUGACUAAAAACCACUUGCUGAAAUACGCUCUGGCCCACGCUUUCUGCUGCUUCCUGGCGUCUGUGGAAGACGUGAACCCAGCUGUGGCAACCAGGGCGAGACUGCUGCUGGACACCAUCAAGAGGCCGGCCCUGCAGGGCUUGUGUCUGUGUCUGGAUUUCCAGUUCGACACAGUCGUGAGGGAUCGCCCCGUCAUUCUCAGCAAACUCCUGCUGCUGCACUUCCUGAAGAAAGACAUUCCCGCACUGAGCUGGGAGUUCUUUGUCAACCGCUUUGAAACAUUAUCUCUGGAGGCUCAGCUACACCUGGACUGCAACAAGGAAUUCCCUUUCCCUACUACAAUUACAGCUGUACGAACCAAUGUGGCAAACCUCAGUGACGCAGCCAUGUGGAAGAUACGGCGGGCCCGGUUUGCCAGGAAUCGGCAGAAGAGUGUUCGUUCCCUCCGUGACAGUGUGAAGGGAGAUCCAUCAGAGUCUAAACGGGCGUUUUCGCUCCCCGAGUCACUGACCAACCGACUUCCUCUAAGGCUUUCGAGGCAGGAGCACUCUGCCCCGACACUGGGAGAUAUGAUAGAGAAAGUCCUGCCAGCACGUUUCCUCCCGCACUUUAACCCUGACGCUUCAGCCCCUCUUGCAGGCCAGACCCCUUCUCCGGAGGACGACACCGUCAUCAGAGACCUGCUCCCUGAGGACGCCGGCAUCGAUCACCAGACGGUUCACCAGCUCAUCAUGGUGCUCAUGAAAUUCAUGGCCAAGGACCAGAGCAGUGCCGAGGCCGACAUCGGCAGCGCCAAGGCUUUCAACACAGUGAAGCGUCACCUGUACGUGCUGCUGGGUUACGACCAACAGGAGGGCUGCUUCAUGAUCGCACCGCAGAAGAUGCGCACCUCCACCUGCUUCAAUGCCUUUAUUGCCGGCAUUGCACAGGUGAUGGACUACAACAUUGGUUUAGGAAAGCAGCUGCUCCCUCUGGUGGUCCAGGUGUUGAAGUACUGCACGUGUCCGCAGUUGAGACACUAUUUUCAGCAGCCGCCCAGAUGCUCCCUGUGGGCCCUGAGGCCUCACAUUCGGCAGAUGUGGCUCAAAGCUCUGCUAGUUAUCCUGUACAAGUACCCUUAUAGAGACAUGGACGGCAGUAAAGUGGUCCUCCAUCUGAUCCACAUCACCAUCAACACACUGAACGCACAGUAUCACAGCUGUCGACCCCACGCCACAGCAGGACCACUCUACAGCGACAACUCCAACAUGAGCCGCUACAGUGAAAAAGAAAAAGAAGAGGACAGUGUCUUCGAUGAGUCAGACGUCCAUGACACGCCGACGGGUGCCGCUAACAAGGAGUCACAGACCUUCUUUGCCCGCCUGAAGAGGAUCGGCGGCAGCAAGUCUGUGAAAUACCAGCCGGUAGAGCUGAAUGCCAAGAAAAGUGAAAUUGAGCUGUCAGAGUACCGUGAAGCCAGCGCCCUUCAGGACAGCAUUCUGCACUGUGUGAGGGAGGAGAGCACCAGGAAAAAGCGGCUACAGGCCAUGCACAAGCAGAAGUCUCUGGACAUUUCCAACACAGACUCCAUUCUUUUCAGCCUGGACGAACAUCGGCGCAAGUCCUGCAUUGAUCGUUGUGACCUGCAAGCCCCCCCUGUGGUCCCGCCUCCGUCCUCGGCCACGUCCCACAGCAGGCAUCACAUUAAAGGAUCCUCCGAUGGCUCUUCGUUUCGAGUGGAGGCCAUCGAUCCAGUGGACCGGCGGGGCUCUCGAGGCGGGCAGUCUGACAUCUCCAAACCUGUCAUCCCAGAAGUCCGCCUCAGCUGCAUGGAGACCUUUGAGGACAAACAGGAUCAGAGUUCGUUAAGCGGAUCGACACAGGGGAAGGAGGACCAAGACCUCAUUGACCUCUCCUCUGACUGCACCUCAAUUCCAGAAAAACACUCACUGCUCUCCAUGUCUGACAGCGACUCCUUGGUGUUCGAACCGCUGCCUCCUCUGAGGAUCGUGGAGAGCGACGAGGAGUUUGACCUCAACACCAUCAUAGGUUCCAAAUUCAACGGCAGUCCAAAGAUCUCAGCUUCUCCUGCGAGCAGCAACACUUUGCGAUUGUCUCCCGUGGUUCAGGUGAGCGUGGAGGACUUUUCCAGUGACAAAAAGACUCUCAAGGGAGAGGAGGGCUCUCUGAAAGCAUUUUUGGAGAAGAAGCCUGGCCGCGUGACUCACAGCACCUCUCUGGAACUCCCUGACAGACCGGAGAACAUCUGCCAUGAAAGUCCCAUGACCCUGAAGCAGAAGAGAGACCUGCUGAGGAAGAGCCCACAUGUCCCUGACACCUCGCUAGACGACACAUAUGUGACCCCUGAAGAGGUGAGGAUUGGGAUGGGACCCGGCACGAGUCCAUCAGGCAGGACUAUCUUCCUGGACAUCCCAGAAGACAGAGCAGAGCCUCUUUCCUCGCCAGAGAAAAGCAACAGCAAUGAUGACGAGGAGGAUGGAGACGACGAAGAUGAAGACGACAUGGGCGAUGAAGCGGACAGCGACCCCAAACCUGACAACGCAGAUGAUAACGAUGAAGCCGAGUUUAAAAUCCAGAUCGUGCCCAGACAACGCAAGCAGAGGAAGAUUGCUGUGAGCGCCAUCCAGAGGGAGUACCUGGACAUCUCGUUCAACACGUUCGACAAGCUGGGCGGUGAGCAGACCACAGAAACAGAUCACAAAGUUAUGUCAACCUUGGAAAAGCCACGAGAAUCUGCGUCAGCCCCAACUCUCGAAGCCGCUAUGCCUGAAACAAGCCAUCGUUCUUCAGUAUCAACUCAGUACCGUCAGGUGAAACGAGGCUCUCUGGGAGCUCUGACCAUGAGUCAGCUCAUGAAGAGACAGCUGGAGCAUCAGUCCAGCGCGCCGCAUAACAUCUGCACGUGGGAGGCGGGUCCUACAAAAACCAGCCUUCUCUCAGCACCAAGCACCGUCAGCAUGUUCGUCCCUGCACCAGAGGAGUUCAUAGACGAGCAGCCGACCACCAUGUCUGACCGGUGUCGGGACUGUGCGGCCGUCCUGGAGGAAUACGACGAGGAGACCCUCGGCCUCGCAGUGGUCGUUCUCUCCAUGUUCAUCCACCUGAGCCCUGAUUUGGCUGCUCCUAUGCUCCUCGACAUCAUGCAGUCUGUGGGCAGGUUGGCAUCCAGUGCCAAUUUUUCUGGACAAGCUGAGAGUAUGUUGAUCCCAGGGAAUGUAGCAGGUGUAGCCAAGCAGUUCCUUCGUUGUAUGUUUCACCAACUGGCUCCUAACGGCAUCUUGCCCCAACUCUUUCAGAGCAACAUCAAAGAUGGAAGUUUUCUGCGAACACUGGCCUCCUCGCUGAUAGAUUUCAAUGAGCUGAGUUCUGUCGCUGCUCUCAACAUGCUGCUGGAGGGCUUGAACAACAAAAAGAGCCUGCCAGCAGGGGGCACAAUGCUGCACUGCCUGGACAACAUUGCCACCUUCAUGGAGGCUCUCCCCAUGGAUUCUCCUAGCAACCUGUGGACAACCAUCUGCAACCAGUUCCAGACCUUCCUCACUAAACUGCCCUCUGUGCUUCCUCUGAAGUGCCCCAUGGAUUCCAGUUUAAGGAUUAUCAUUUGUCUGCUGAAAAUCCCAACCACAAAUGCAACUCGGAGCCUCCUGGAGCCUUUCUCCAAGCUGUUGAGCUUCGUCAUUCAGUAUGGCAUGUUCAGUCUCUCCUACCUGGUAGAGCUCUGUGGACUGUGUUACAAAGCCUUCAACAAGGAGAGAGAUAAGUUCUACAUGUCCCGCAUUGUGGUGUUAGAGCUUCUGCAGGCUCUCAAGUUCAAGUCUCCUCUGCCUGACACAAACUUGUUACUGCUGGUCCAGUUUGUCUGUGCAGAUAUUGGCACACGACUAGCAGAAUCCACCAUCAUCCAAAAGCACAUGAUCUCAACGCUGCCGGGGUGCACAACAGCAGCAAUGGAAUGCAUGAGGCAAUACAUAAGUGAGCUUCUGGACUUCAUUGCAGAUAUGCACACGCUUACCAAACUUAAAAACCAUAUGAAGGCUUGCUGUCAGCCUCUGCAUGAAGACACUUUUGGAGGCAACCUUAAAGUGGGCUUGGCACAAGUGGCAGCCAUGGAGAUCAGCAAAGGCAAUCACCGCGAUAACAAAGCUGUGGUCCGCUAUCUUCCCUGGCUUUAUCAUCCGCCAUCUACCAUGCAACAAGGGCCGAAAGAAUUUAUUGAAUGCGUGUCCCACAUUCGUCAGCUGUCCUGGCUUCUUUUGGGCUCCCUCACACACUGUGCCCUGCACCAGGGCUCCACCUCCUGCAUGCCCAUCCCUCUAGACGCCGGCUCUCACAUUGCAGAUCAUCUUAUAGUCAUCCUCAUUGGCUUCCCAGAGCAGUCAAAGACGUCGGUGCUGCACAUGUGCUCUCUGUUCCACGCCUUCAUGUUCGCCCAGCUGUGGACCAUCUACUGUGAGCAGGCGGCUGCUGCUCCAUCCCUGCAGAACCAGAACCAGACAGAGUUUUCCUCCAGCGCCAUCCUCACAGGCCUGGAGUUCUGGAGUCGGGUUACACCCAGCAUCCUGCAGCUCAUGGCCCAUAAUAAAGUGAUGGUAGAGAUGGUGUGUCUUCAUGUCAUUAGUUUGAUGGAAGCCCUGCAGGAGUGCAACUCAACCAUCUUUGUUAAGUUAAUUCCUAUGUGGCUACCCAUGAUUCAGUCAAACCUUAAGCAUCUGUCUGCAGGGCUGCAGUUGCGUCUCCAGGCCAUCCAGAACAGGGUGAACUGCCAGUGUCUGCAGGGCCAGACAUCAGGAGUUCCUCCGUUCGCUCUGCGCAAAUGGCUGCAGUGCACCCAGUUCAAGAUGGCUCAGGUGGAGAUCCAGUCGUCUGAGGCUGCCUCACAGUUCUAUCCCAUGUGACCUGCUCUGUGGUCACCUCUGGGUCGUCUGGGUCCUUAGACCUGCAUGCAUCUGCUCUGGCAGAACCCUGAGACCAAAAAAAAAAGGACUGAUGCUGUGUGGGAUUUGUCUGAACUGAAUAAUUUUCAGCACCUUUAGUAUAAUACCUGUAUAUGUACAGUAAAUCUAUGCUAUUUUAAAGUACAAACACUGGAACUGGUGAUUAAAUGGUUUGGUAGGUCUGUGUGGAAUAAUUGUGACAGGUGCCUAACUGUUGUUAUUCAACAGAUUUGAAGUAAGAAGAUGACUGAAGAGAAUUUAUAUGGACCCUUGUUAAUGAUAGCGAGGGUCUUAAAACAAAUGCUUGUUGAAUCUUAGAUAUGCUCACUCUGUGAAAUUCAUAUCCUAUCACUUUUUAAGUUGCUUGGUUGCAAGCUGGAUAAUAAAAGUAUGAGUUUUUCUAAA